GGGACAAGCCAGUCUUGCAAGCGGUGGCUCGGAGAGGUAUAGAGCGAGGACACGAGAAGCAGACAGCUCUCUGAGGAGGAGAUUGUGUGGAGAAUAUAGCGUAUGGGCUCGUGUUGUUCGCGGCCUGGGCGUGUGGAGAAUUCUGGUGAAGAUGAAGGAGGUGGUGCGCAGGUGGCUAUGACCAACAACGUCGUCACCGACCGCCGCAAGGCCGACCCGCACCAGGCCGACCCUCACCAGACCAGUCAUACCCAUUCUGCUGACCGUGCUGUUCAUACCGACCCCAACAACGUGGACAACGUCGACAACGCCAUCGAAGCAGGUACGGCGGAGGAGCAACCACUGGCAAGACGCACGCUGAGAGCGUCGGCCAAGGUCGCGGCUGCUGAUGCUGUGGCAAGUCCAGGAACAUGCUCGGACUCGUCAGACUCGUCAUCUUCUUCAUCGUCAGCAUCGUCAGACUCGUCCUCUUCAUCAUCGUCCUCCUCGUCAUCCUCCGCAUCGUCAUCCGCUUCCGCAUCAUCGUCAUCCUCAAACUCGGCCUCUUCGUCGCUGGCCCUUACAGAGACAAGCUCGAGCUCGAGCUCGACGGCCGUUCACUCGUUCCACACCAACAUCGCCAGAACUUCGUCGGGCUCGCUCCAUGGUCAACAGAUGUCGGUCGAGCCAAGGCUGCAGCCCUUUACCGUCACUGAUGACACGGGAAGGGCGGUGGCCGGCGUUGACGGUCACGUCACCUCAUCGUCUGUUGUUGCUCUGCAGCCGUCAGGCAUUGCCCUCGCUGCAUCUCCCGUCGCCAAAGUGUCCAAGAGCGCCAAGGAUGCAAAGGACAAGAAGAAGACCAAGACCAAGAAUAAGCGGAAGAAGCGGAAGAGGAAGAAGAAGAAGAAGAAGAAGAAGAAGGCCAAGUCCAAGGCAAAGGCAAAGGCCAAAUCCAAGUCCAAGGCGAAAGCAAAGGCAAAGGCGAAAGCAAAGGCAAAGGCAAAGGCAAAGGCAAAGGCAAAGGCCAGGCCAGAGCCAGAGUCAAGGUCAAAUCCCACGGCCAGGCAUCAACUACCUGGCCCCUCACCUGGCCUGACGGAUGCAGUCCUCCGCCGCCGCCGGUCGUCAACCCCGAUCAUCACUGACUUUGAGAACAAGAAGCUCGGCGGCCGGACCGAGUCAUGGAUCGAGCUUGAAGCGCAGCUGCUCAAGGGCCUCGGCGUCCGGCACAAAGUCUCCAACCCCGGCGGAGCGACGCGGGUUGUGCGGCUGGAUGCAGUCGCGUCGGCGGACGACUUUAUGGUGCCAACCAUGCGCAAGACCAUGUCGAGCGCACUCACUGUCACCAACGACAUCAUCGAGUCGUCGGACGACUCGUCCUCGUCCUCGACCUCGUCCUCGUUCAACACCAUGAACUCGACCAUCGAGCGGCGCCCGCGCGCCGACACCAAGCGUGCCUUCCGCCGCGCCUCGGUCGUUUCGCUCGACAUGCACCAGCACGUCCCGUCAACUCUCGGCAAGGGGACGCUCUCAGUCAAGUCGACGACUCGCCUGCAGCGGUACAUCGACGAGGAUGGCUACAAGUGGAUUAAUGACUACAUUCUGCUCAAGACCCUCGGCCGCGGCACGUACGGCAAGGUCAAGCUCGGCAUCCACGCCCAGGACGGCACCCGCGUCGCGGUCAAGAUCUGCAACAAGUUCCUCCUCUCGCGCAAGCGCAAAGGCGGUCUGCUCUCGGCCUCGCUCCUUGAGGACGUUCGCCGCGAGAUCGCCAUCAUGAAGAAGCUCGACCACCCCAACAUUGUGCGCCUGUUCGAGGUCAUCGACGAUCCGUCCAAUGACAAGCUGUACCUGGUCAUGGAGUACGUCCCCGGCGGCGCACUCCUCGGCGACGUCAUUCGCUGUGAGCCGAUGUCCGAAGCCCGCGCCCGCCGCUACUUUCGCGACGUCGUCGCGGGCCUCGAGUACCUCCACUCGUCCGGCAUCAUCCAUCGCGACAUCAAGCCACAGAACUUGCUGCUCGACGCGCUCGAUGCUGUCAAGAUCGCAGACUUUAACGUCUCACACGUCUUCUCGACUCAGAACGCCGCCGUCGCGCGGACCGAGGGCUCGCCGGCCUUCCUUGCCCCAGAAACUGUCUCGGAAGACUCGAUCCAGCUCACCGACGCUGUCGACGUCUGGGCUCUCGGCAUCACUCUCUGGAUGCUUGUUCUCGGCUCGCUGCCGUUCAUGGCCAACUCGGAGUUUGCCAUCUACGACAAGAUCCGCAACGCCGACCCGCCGCUCAACUCGGCCCAGGCCGCCGCAGGCGUCACCCUCUCGCCGGGCCUCAAGUCGCUCCUCCUUGCCCUCCUCGAGAAGGACCCGGCCACCCGCGCCACCAUCGCCGACAUCAAGGUCCAUUCCUGGGUCACCGCCGGCGGCCAGCUGCCCAUGGCUGCUCUCGCUGAGCCAGAUGUUGAGCCGACAGAGACUGAUCUCGCCCAUGCCUACGGCCCAUCCCAGGGCCCGACUGUCAAGCGCAACACCCGCAUCUCGUCCGAGGCCCGCGACACUCUCAUGCACCACCUCUCCAAGGCCGAUCGCUUGCUCGCCGACGACGAGUCCUCGGUCUCCACCACCGUCCCAGACCCAGUAGAUCAGGACACCACCUCGCUCGCCGUCAUCAACCAGCACCAGCAAGUCGCCGCCGCCCAAACCUCGCUCUCGCUCCUCAACAAGUCCACUCCCGUCCUCUCCCCGCAAUCGGCUGCCCAGCGACCGCAGUUCUCCUCGGCCUACCACUUUCAUCUCAUUCUCGGCUACGACCUCGGCUACCACACUACCGACCGCCGCCGCGACCGACUCGACCGUCUCGACCGCCACGACCGUCUCAACCGACGCCUCCGUCCGCACCACGCCCGCCCUCUCCUCGCUCAGCGACUUUCGGCUCUCUCGUCGAACUCAUCACCACGGCGGGUGCCGCUGGCAUCACCUCACUCGUCCGCUGGCUCGGCUGCGCAGACAUCACCUGUGUCGCCGUCACCAGCGCCUCCCGCAGCGCAAUCAGCGUCGCCAGCAUCAGGCUCGAGCGCUCGGCGUCGGGUCAAGCCGACCACAGCGCCGCCGUCUGUCUGGGGCGCUAUGACGUCGUCAACGCCGGCACAGCUUGCGCCUGAGAUUCCAAACGAUCAGCUCGCCAAGCUGGAGGAGCGCCUUGCGGCGCGGUUGGGUCCUCCGCAGCCGCAGCCUUCCACAUCAUCACCGUCACCACCACCAGCGCCAUCAACGCCUGCGCCCUGCUCCGAUCUGCCGCCUGACAUUGGCGAAGAGCAGCUAUCUGCCAACGAGGCCGCGCUUGUCGAGGCGUUAGCAACGCUGUUGACUCGGCAUGCCCGUAACGCGCCUGUGCCCAUUGCCGCCAUGCUCGACAUUGUGCGCAAGAUGGUUCGGAUACUGCUUGCGAUUCCGGUCUUGUCUGCCGGCAGCGUGUCAGGCAGCAGCUCGGCAGCAGGAGGGAGCAGCUCAUGCUGCAGCGCGGGAGCCGGACCGUUGGCGUGGCUGAUGCGGCCGCGCGUGGCGGUAGCGCUGGCUGGGCGUGUGCUGGGCGAUAUGCCAAUGGCGUGGCCAGCGCUCGGGGUGGUCGGACUAGGUGCGCUUGCCCAUCACUCGCUGCUGAGUGAGGUGGCGCCCGCAACGUGCGCGCGGAUCGAGCAAGUGUACGAUGAGCUCGCUAGCGGAGCGCACUCGCUGCCUGUGGAUCCGUCGAUGACGACGCAGCUGCAGCACUCGGACAAUGCCAAGGGCAAGGAUCCGGACCAGAACAAGCUGUUUAACAACCGCGAGCGGGCACUAUCGGCGUUCAAGGCCGUCGUCCGCCUCGCGUCGCGGGUGAGCAAGGCUGACCUGGCGGCGUCACCCCAGGUGCUCGACGAGGCCAUCGCCACUCUCAUUGUCGACGUCGAGCCGAACAACUACUCGUACCUGGCGCGGGUCUUUGUCGACGAUCUGCUCGGCAUCCACUAUGCGUCGUCCGAGGCUGGCUCGGUGAUGUCUGCUGCCGACACCGAUGCCGCUGCCGCCGCUCUCGCCUCCAACUACCAGGUCAAGGUCGGCAGCGCCAAGCUCUCGCAGCUCGAGCGCCGCAUGGGCCUGUCGUCAGGCACGCCAGCCAAGAACGACAAACACAGCGCGAGCGGCGCGACCUCGUCGCGCAGUCGCAGGUCUGGCCGCGACGCCCGGGCCGGAGGCAGAGGACGCGGCUCGCGCAAGGGCCAUGGCGAUCGCGGGCGCGGGCGCCGGGGCAGAAGCAAUGGGCGGUCUUCGGCCAUGCUCUCGAGCGUCAAGGCCAAACAUCGCGCCAUGGGUCGCAAGAUGACGCUCGUCCGCCAGCAGAGCGUGGUCAAGGCGGCGGAGCAGGUGUUCGGCGACGCCGACUUUGCGUUUUCCUCCAAGCUCAGCUACCCUCCAUCGGGAUCAUCCAUGUUCUUUGCCCGGGGCGAGGUCCUUCCUGAGACGGCAAAGGCGCCUGCGGAGCUCUCCGCCCGCAACGUCCUUGAUCCGGUCGUCCUUGCCCGGAUGCUCGGCUUCCUCACCUUUUCGCCGCUGUGGACCAAGCUCGCCUUUGCGCACUCGGACCUGUCUGCGACUGCGAUGGUGCUUCCGUUCUCGCCGCUCGCUGCGCUUGCGCAUGGCUUUUUCCGCCGGGCGCUUGUGGUGGCCAUUCCUGCGGUGACCGCCUUCUUUCGCUCAGCGGUCGGCUGCUCAGUUAUGGACGACGAUGCCGAGUGUGUCCGUGUCCGGCACGCGCUGGAGUCGCUUGCACGCUGGCUGGCGGCGAGUGUGGUCGACAAGGAGGCCUGUGAGUCGGCGGCUCGGCGCAGCAACUACUGGCUCUGUCUGCAGUGCAUUGUGGAGCUUGCGGCGGUCCUUGGCUGGCCCAUCGAGUCGCUGCUGGGAGAGGAGCUCGAUGUACGUGCUGCUACCGCGGCGGUGGUCGAGGCGCUAGGCGGAAGCGAGGAGGAGAACAGGCGGCUUGAGGCCGGGCUUGCGGUCGAUGGGGCGGACGACGUGGCGUACUCGUUCUCAACGAGUGCAAUGAGCUACAUGUCGAGCGGGCUCGGGGCGCUGAUGGAGGAGGCGGCCAAGAUGGAGCUUGUGGCCAACCACCCUGCGCGGGCGGUACACACGCGGACGCGACUGGUCCGGCCUGUGCAGAGCCAGUCGCAGGUGCUCUUUGGCGGCCUCACCGAGGCAGCGAUCUCGCUCGAGGCCGAGCACAUCGACGCGCUCUCGUCGUGGUUCUUCCACCAGCACAAGACGCUCGACGCCGUGAUGGCGGUGGCGGUGCCUGCGUGCGUGGCCAACGGCGUGGAUGAGACGCUGGCGAGCGUGGCGCGCGGGGCGCUGGCGCGGGUCGACGCCGUGCUCGGCGAGCAAAUGCGGGCAGUGCUGGUUCUGGAGCACGGGCGGCGGCUGGAUGCGGACAAGGAGCCAGUCAACGUCUUUGCCCAGGCGACGAUGCGGUCGCAGACGUCUGCGGCGGCGUUUUCUGUUGUCCACGCGAGCGAGGGUGCCCUGUUCUCGGCGCUGGUGGCGAGCGUGAAGCGCCGGCUCACGGCGACGAUCGAGCACCUUGCGCCGGUGGGCGCGUCGGCAGGUGUACGGAGUGCGGCGGGCAAGCUUGGCAUGGCGCGGGCGCUGCCAGCAGCCGAGGCCAAGCUCCGGGCGCGGCUAGAGGCCGAGAUCAAGGCGCGUGCUGAUGGGGUGUUGGGUGCGGCGACCAAGACGCUGCGGACGCUGCACGCACGGCUGAAAAAGGCCGAUGCCGAGUCGCUUCCACUCCGCGGCGAGCUGCAGGCGUGGCUGGGCCAGGUCGCGUGGCUCCGCGGCGCGCUGGCAUCGGCAGACGCCACGCCCGACUCACUCGCGGCGCGCGGACUGGUGUCUGUGGCGCUUAGCGUGCUCCGCUGGCGGGACAACGUGCUUGACGAGGCGGUACUCUGCGCCGCGCACCGCUGGGCCGGCGCUGCGCUCGGCGUGGCGGCGUACAGCAUGGAGGCUGAACUCGAUGAGACCGGCUGGCAGCGGGAGGUGCUGGCGAGCGUGAACGGGGUGGCGGCCAUGUGCGAGAAUGUCAUGCUGGUAGGCGCAGACGUCGGGUGCGACGUGGCGUUUGCUGGCUUGUACGCGCGGAUCGCUGAGGCCGAUGCGGAUACGGUGGCUCGAUGGGCUCGCCGGUGGGCUGCCGUCCUGCGAGCCAUCGGCGACGGCGGGCGUGGAGGGGAGUGGCACUCGGCGGAGCACGCCAUGCGAGUGGCAAAGAUGGUGGGCGAGCUGUCGAUCGCGAGUGACGAGCUGGUGUUUACCCAGCUCAUGUGA